AUGCCCGACAAGCUUCGUGGACCACAUCAUGAGGUCUAUACGAACGCUGCUCGGUCUCUCGUUGACCAAUUCCAUGCAACUAGUCAUCCCAGAUAUCUGCUUAUAUGGCUGGUCCAUUUACCAGAAGCGCUCAUCGAUCUUCUUAGUGUGGGCGAUUUCACUGCUCGGCUGAUCUUUCUUGCAUACGCUAUAGCAUGGAAAUCCUUCAGAGAUAUUUGGUUCGUCGGCAAUACCGGCGAGCUUCUGAGUGGAGAACUCAUUGAUCCUAAAGAAGCCAUUCCUCCAGAAUGGACGGAUAUCGUGGAUUCCAUCAGAGAGGAAUUCAUGAAAUGA